CAACAUCUUUUCGUUUCUUCUCUUCCGCCGCCUUUCCCGCCUCAACUCCCUCCCUCACCACCGACACCGCGGCACUGACGACGAGAUGGAGAACGCAUUCAACGCCGUCACACAUGGCGUGCUCCGCCGCAUCACCGCCGGCGAGGAGGUCAUGGAUCCCGUGCUGCAGUGCGUACAGAUCAAGCCCAUGGCACAAGGCGCAGGUGGCCAGGAGCGAUGGCGUGUCGUGUUUAGCGAUACCGUCAACUUCAUCCAGGGCAUGAUUUCCAUGCAGUCUAACCACCUCAUCACGGAGGGCACACUCAAGAAGGGCAUGGUCUGUCGCCUCAAGUCAUUCCAGGCCAACUUUGUCAAAGACAAACACAUCCUCAUCAUCAUCGACCUGGAUGUACUGCAGGAGUACGGCGAGCAGGAGAAGCUAGGGACGCCGGUGGCAAUUGAGGGCGGCCAAAAACCGGAGGCACAAGCGGAGGUUAAGCCUCAGCCCGGCAACAUAACAGGAAACAACUUCUACGGGCAGCCGCAGCAGAAGCCUCAGGCGCCGGUAAAGCAGGAACCGCAGCGCUCGCUCCCAUCGCGCACGAAUGGCGCUUCUCACAACGGCCCUCACGGCAACAUCACACCCAUCGAAGCCAUCUCUCCCUACACCCACAAAUGGACGAUCAAGGCGCGAUGCACUCACAAAGGCGACAUCAAGACAUGGCACAACAAGAACGGCGAGGGAAAGCUCUUCAGCGCGAACUUUCUGGACGAGUCGGGCGAAAUCCGCGCCACCAUGUUCAACGAUCAGGUCGAUCAGUGGCAUGAGGUGCUGCAGGAGGGUAGCGUCUACUACAUAUCGAGCCCCUGCAGAGUUCAGCUCGCCAAGAAGCAGUUUUCCAAUCUGCCCAAUGACUACGAGCUGACGUUCGAGAAUCAGACUUUGGUGGAGAAGGCCGAGGACAACGAUGGAGUGCCACAAGUGCGUUAUAACUUCAUCACUAUCGAGGCACUGCAGACGGUGGAGAAGGACUCGACUAUUGACGUGAUUGGUGUCGUGUCCGAAGUUGGUGAGGUCAACGAGAUAGUAUCGAAGACUACAUCCAAGCCCUACAGCAAGCGUGAUCUCACCUUAGUCGACGAUACAGGCUACAAUGUUCGCCUUACGAUUUGGGGCAAGACUGCAGAAUCCUUCGAUGCACAGCCAGAAUCAGUGAUCGCCUUCAAGGGUGUCAAAGUGGGCGACUUUGGGGGUCGAUCGCUUUCGCUGCUCUCCAGUGGCAGCAUGAACGUGAACCCAGAGAUCGACGAGGCGUUCAAGCUCAAGGGCUGGUACAGCGCCAGUGGCCACAACGAGACCUUCGCCUCUCAUGCCAACACCAUGUCGACUGCUGGCGCAACGGGCGGUGCUGGCCGAAAUGAUACCAAGACCAUCUCGCAAGUGCGAGACGAGAACCUCGGCAUGACCGACGAUACGGACUGGUUCAGCACCAAGGCCACCAUCAUUUACAUCAAACAAGACAACUUUGCAUAUCCCGCUUGCCAGACCACCGAUCCCCAGCCUUGCAACAAGAAGGUCCUGGAGGUCGAGGAAGGCAAUUGGCGCUGCGAGAAGUGCGACAAGAGCUGGCCUUCGCCCAAGUACAGAUACAUCAUUUCAGUCAAUGUCAGCGAUCACACUGGCCAGAUCUGGCUCAGUUGUUUUGACGAAGUCGGGCAGCAAAUCCUCGGCAUGCCAGCCAACGACCUCAUGGCCAUGAAGGAGGAGGGUGAUGACAAGCGUGUCAGCGAGGCGUUUUCGGACGCGAAUUGCAAGUCGUACAUCUUUCGAUGCAAAGCGAAAAUGGACACGUUCCAAGAUCAGCAGAGAGUACGUUACCAAGUGCAAUAUGCCCGAACAAUCGACUAUGUGCAAGAAGCAAAGAGGUUGGCAGACAUCAUCAAGCAGUACAACAUCCAGUCCGACACCCUGUUUGUGUAAAACGUGGAUUGCUGGCAACGAAUGUGUUGUUGGGCGUUGAAGGCGUAACAGGUGCACGCAGACAGUAUGAGUGAUGUCGACACAUGGCUGUCUGCCUGAAGUCCUAGAGACUUGUAAUGCUGUUCUAGAAAAGACACCGCAGAAAUGGAAAAACCGAAUGAACG